UUGCUGGUUCCCUUCCCACCAAAUCGCACCGACGACGACUCGCGUGCUCCCACCUUCCGCCGCGGCGUCGCCGAAACCCUAGCUCGCCGGCGCGGCCGCCCCAAGGGGGGAUUGGGAGCGGGAGGCAUGGGGAAGAAGAAGAAGCGGGUGGAGAAGGUGUUCUGCUACUACUGCGACCGGGAGUUCGACGACGAGAAGAUCCUGGUGCAGCACCAGAAGGCCAAGCACUUCAAGUGCCACGUCUGCCACAAGAAGCUCUCCACCGCCGGCGGCAUGGCCAUCCACGUCCUACAGGUCCACAAGGAGUCCGUAACAAAGGUUCCAAAUGCCAAGCCCGAGAGGGAUUCCACCGAGAUUGAGAUCUUCGGCAUGCAAGGGAUUCCUUCGAAUAUACUCGCUGCGCACUACGGAGAAGAGGAAGAACCUUCAUCGAAGGUGGCCAAAGUAGAAGUGCCGACAAUAAGGCCUCCUAUUAUGCCUAAUCAUCCACUAGGCAUGGCUUUCCCUCCACGGCCGUAUGGUGUACCCCGACCUAUGUAUAACCCUGCAAUGAUGGUUCGACCUCCUCUUUGGCCUCCUCAGCCACCACAAGCUUGGUUUACUCAACAACCAGCAAUGCCAGUUCCUCAAAUGGUUCCUGGGCAGGCACCACAACAACCACUAUUCCCCAUUCAAAAUAUGCCCAAUCCUAUGACAUCAGCACCUGCUAAUUUACUUCAGACAUCAUUCGCUAUGACUGCUACUGGGGUUCCUUCACCUGUUACCCCUCAGGUUUCCCAGCCUUUGUUUCCUGUGAACACAACUGGCAAUGGGGCAGCACAUUCCCCAUUCAGUUUAUCUGUUUCACCUGCAACUAUUCCAGCAAGUUCUCCAGCAUCAGUUGUUAAUGCAGGAUUUGGAUAUGUAGCCAAUAACCAAGGUACAGGAGGUCCUGCAGUUGGACUUCCACCUGCACCUGCCACUAAUAGUAAAGCGUCUGGUACUCAACCCGCUACGAGUGAGGUCUACCUGAUGUGGGAUGAUGAAGCAAUGUCAAUGGAAGAAAGACGGUUGUCGCUGCCCAAGUACCUGGUUGUUCAUGAUGAAACUAGCCAGGUAAGUUCUGAUUUUAAUGUUUCCAAUACCAAUGAUCUCUUGAAAAUCAUUGGGCACAAACAGAAUCCUUUGUGAUGAACUUUUGACACAACUAGAACAACAUAUGCGAACAUUGAAAGGGUGAAACAGACAUUAAACCAAAUAUAUUCUUUCAGUAGUUGUAUAUGUGAGAUGGUUCCUACUAUAUUGCACCUUCUACAUUUUCAUGGCAUCUUGUUGGUGUUUAUUUGACCCUGCUGAUUUCGCGCACAUCAGGAGUUCCAAGUAGGUAUUUACAUUGUUCUUCCUGCUAGUAACUUUUUCACAAUCUGACAAAUCUCAUGGUGCUAAUGACUUGAGGGUUAUCAGCCAAGCCCUGGACAGUACGCAAACGUGUAUGUAUUAAUUUCAGUUGAAGCAUUACUUUUUGUUUAUUACCAUUCACCACGUGCAAAUAUGGGUUUGUAACAAGAACUAAGGUUGCUGAGCUUCUGCCAGUACCGUAGCAUUUAUAACUUAGUUUUGACCGAGAAUGUGCCGAGAGUUUGGUUCCAGGUCAGCUUUCAUUUGGCCCGUGAGCCUGAUACUUUUUGUUUCCAAGAAGGAACUUCACAUGCUUAUUUGUUCCUAUGUUGCAGAGCUCAAAUCUAACAUUGUCUUUCUUGUCUCAAAACUUGUGUGAACAGAUGAGCUCGGUGGAUGCAGCAUUUGAUCUAAGAGUAUCAGGGCUUGCUGCACACAUGGUCCUAUGAACAAGCUUGGCUCCAUGCUCAGUAAACAGCCUGAUGUGAAUGACCAACAGGCUCAGGCUCACCUGCGCAUCCAUAGGAUCGACGCCGUGCAGCUGAUGAUCCUGUAUCCCCUGUUGUCGAUUUGUUAUUUAGUUAUUGACUGAGCCACAGCAGUUGAAAGAAUGUAUUAAUCCGACUAGGGGAUUUUCAUCAUCAUUUGUCCUAUCUUUUUGUACCAAGAGUAAAAAUUGGUUAGCCUAGAAAUCAUUUGUUCCGUUGUUGGUGUCUUGAACUCUGUAAACUGGUGACAAGUUGGUGACAUCUUUUCAGAAGGUGUUGCUCGAUUGUAUUGAUUUAGUAGCAAAUCAAACAAGGAGUAUAUGUUUCGGAAA